GAACCUGACGAUUUACAUCACUCGCGGUCGACGAGGGUUGAUUGCCCUAACGCUCCUCUGCUUCGUCUUGUCUUCCAGCACGGACAUACGAUGUCGACCACCACAGAAAAUCACGCACCUCUCUCUCAGGGACUAGGCUAUGGAAUUGUAAUUGGAUUUGGACUUGUCUUCGCCGGCUUGCUAUCCUUGGCGAGUUGGAUUGGCCGGCGCGCCCUGUCUGAGAGAGAGACCGUAGAGGCUUACAUGACUGCUCGUCGUUCAGUCAAGAAGGGACUGAUCGCGUCUGCUGUCGUUUCUUCGUGGUGUUGGGCAGCAACACUUUUGAAUUCUGUUCGGAUCACAACGGUUUACGGUUUGCCUGGUCUUUGGUUCUUUGCGGCAGGAGCUUGCGUUCAGAUCUUCGCGUUCGCAAUCGUGGCCAUUGAACUGAAAUCACGCGCUCCGCGUUGUCAUACUCUGCUGGAGGUCGUUCGAAUUCGCUGGGGCACAAGCGCUCACAUCGUUCUUCUUUGCUUUGGUAUUGCGACCCAGGUUCUUGUGUCAGCCGCUCUUCUGUUGGGUGCUUCGGCUGCUGUAUCUAGCAUAACCGGGAUGCACACUGUCGCCGCACUCUUCCUGAUUCCUACCGGAGUGGUGCUCUAUACACUAUCAGGCGGGUUGAAGGCAACCUUCGUCGCAGACUGGAUACACACCGUCGUGAUCUAUGUCAUUCUCCUCGUGGUCAUGUUCAAGGUCAUGACAAGUUCCGAAGCUAUAGGCUCACCAACCAAGCUAUACGACAUGCUUACAGCCGCCGCAGACACCUAUCCUUGCUACGGUACUUACAAAGGAUCGUAUUUGACCAUGCACUCUGAGGAAGGUCUGAUUUUUGCGGGGGUCGUCUUGGUCAGUGGAUUCGCUUCCGUAUUCGUGGACCCUGCCUAUGGUCAAAAAGCUCUGGCUGCCACGCCUUCUGCCGUUGUCUCCGGAUACUUCAUCGGAGGCGCCACAUGGUUUGCGAUACCAUUGGGCCUUUCUGGGACUAUAGCCUUCGCUGCUGUCGUUCUUCAGGACACGUCUUACUGGCCACAACCCGGUGGUAUUACGACCUACGUCUCCAAUAAUGGACUCAUCUUGCCGCUCACCGCCCAGGCUCUCAUGGGUACUGGAGGUGCUGCCGCCAUCCUGCUCAUGGUUUUCAUGGCCGUCACAAGCAGCUCUUCGGCUGAAUAUAUUGCAUUGAGUUCGGUACUCACUUACGAUGUCUAUAGACCUUAUCUGCGCCCUCAAGCAACGGACAGGGAACUUCUCUUUAUAGGCCACUCCUGCGUCAUCGGCUUUGCGAUCUUCAGCUCCUGUUUCGCCACCGGACUUUACUACGCUGAUCUGAGUAUGGCCUGGUUGCUCGAAUUCCUCGGCGUUGUCAUCUCUCCUGCGGUAAUUCCCCUCGCCGGGUCACUCAUGAGCUCCAAGAUGAGCAGAACAACAGCGAUUUAUUCACCACUCCUUGGUCUUGCGGCUGCUUUGGCUGCCUGGUUGGGAGUCACAAAACAUGUGUAUGGCUCCAUCUCGGUUGAUACCACUUUCGGCGACUGGCCUAUGUUUUCCGGUGCAGUAACGGGCAUCUUCGUCCCCUUGCUGUGGCAUCUCGUGGCUCGUUUCGUCCCAGGCCUCUCUGUACCUAAAUAUGACUGGAGCCGCCUCUUACGCAUGGAUGCAAUCCAACCACGCGUGGGCGACGAAGUCUUCGCCCUCGAGAAAGUCGAUGAUCUGGGCCACUUCGAUCGUGACGCUCUACGACGGGCUUCGAGAACGGCGAGAUGGGUGACGAUCGUGUUGGCGCUUGUGUUCUUGAUUUUGAUUCCUCUUCCGAUGUACGGGACCAAGUACAUUUUCCCUAAAUCAGGCUUCGUCGCCUUUGUCGUAGUAGAGUUUAUCUGGGGCUGGAUCGCAGCCCUCACGAUCACCAUCCUCCCCGUAUGGGAAUCUCGCGACCAACUCGCCGCGAUCUUCAGGGGCCUCCUAACAUUCCGUUCCACCUCCGCCACCACCACUGGCACCAAAUAUAACUCCAACUCCGACUCGCCCUCCGAACUGUCAGCAGAAGACACGAAGGAGCCCAUACCAGAAGUCUACGAGUCAGAGACGCUCGGGAACAAUAUCAGGAAUGGAGAUGAUGUGGAGGGAGUGACUGAGAAAGGGGAUAGUACGCACGGUGUGAUGGCGACGACGCAUCUUCCUUGACGCAGCUUUGUGCGGGUUUUGAGAGGGCGCUAGAGUAGUGACUCACUCGGGUUCGUUAUGAUUUAUGAUAGAAUGACUGCCAUGUAGACUUCGAGAGACUAUUCUACUUAUUGUAUCUUGUUCAGUUUGGGAUC